AUGCUACCAGUGGUCAGCCCCGUAUCAGAGCAACUCACGGCCUGGAUAAUCAGCACACCCGGGAGAAGGCUGGUACGGGAGCCAGCUCUUCUCCUCCUCCUCCUCAGCCUGUGUUCUGGCAUAUUCUUCUACGGGGAAUAUCGGUUGACGACGAAGGGACUAGCCUGCGCCGUUCCCGCUGUGCUCCUCUUGGGCCUGCCGACGUCGUUUUGCGGGGGCGGCCGGUAUGCUCACGACGCUCCGCUCGACUCGGUGCUCUUCUAUGGUUGGGGCCUCGGCCUUGCGGGACUCUGCGUAUUGCGCGAGGAGACGAGCUUCGUGGCUGCGCUCCAAGGCCAGGACGGUCGGCAGGCAGCCUACCUCCUACUGGGCAAUGUGGCGUCUUCCGCCGUUGCCAUGGACUUGGGAAGAUCACUACUGGCACCCAUCUGCACAUGGAAUGGUCGGGACCGGCUAUCGGCCAUGCUCGUGCUUAGUGGAUGCGCAGGGUUGUCCUCGGUCCUCCUCCUACGUCAACGGUCCUACACCGCCUGGCUCCAGCUGGGCGCCUACGUCGGAGCCGCGGCGGUGCUCGAACGCCUACGGAGGCUCCAGAAGUGGCCGUGUUCACCUCCAAAAUCUCCACGCCCGUCCUCCCCAAGCCUUGCCAUGGCGGAAGCAGCCUCACGUGGAGACGACACGGCCAGCUCCCGUCGCGCCUCGACGCCGACGCCGACCUCGGAAGCGUUCGGGGGGACGUCGUCGCCCGACGACCACCGCGCCCACGCUCACGCCUCUAGCUUUCUUCGGAUUCUUCCUAUAGGGGCCAUCGCAACCGCGUGGUUUGCGUUCAUCUUCCUGAACUUCCUACCUGGCCACACCCCCGACGCUUACCGCGUUGCCCCCGUACUGGACUCCGCAUUCCAUCCGAGCCACCCCGUGGAUGUAGUCGUCAGUAUGUACCAGGAGUCGCUGGAAAGCGUUGCUUCUCUGCUCGCUUCCCUUCGCGACAUCCCUACCCUGGCUGGCGCGCGAGUGCACGUAUACGCAAAGGCAUCUCCCAUGAACCUAACCGCCUUGAAGCAGCAGACCGGCGCCCACCGGGUCGUCCCGCUCCCCAACGUAGGACGCGAAGGGGAAACCUACCUGCACCACAUCCUGUCCCACUGGGACCUCCUGGCCAAGCACACGCUGUUCGUCCAAGCUGACAUGCACAACGAGGAGGCUACCCUCCGACGCAUACGAUCUUACUUCCAUCCCCAGCGGACCGGCAUGCUGAGCUUAGGCUUCGUCGGCCAUAGCAUAGGAUGCAACGGUACGGAUCAGUGGGGAUGGAGCGAGAAGUCCGGUAUCGUCCCUUACGUCUACGGGCGCGUGUACCAGAGGCCAUGCGAAAGGAUCCUCCUAAGCUACAAGGGCCAGUUCAUCGUCUCAGCAGAACGUAUCCGUGGGAUUGGGCAGGGACUGUACCGCGAGCUGCACACCGCCACCGUCGAUGCGGGUAGUUGGGCACACAAGGAACCCUACCUGCGAGGUAGGAAGGACAGCAUGAGCGCCCCGGUUUUCGGAUACACGUUGGAGCGGCUGUGGAACGUCCUGUUCCAGUGCUCGGACAUGGAUGUAGCUUGGAAAUGUCCCAGUCUACUGAGUGGGAAGAGGAAAGGAGGGAGCAUUCGUGACUGCCAGUGCCUGGAUAGGUAG